UCUCAAGUAAUAGCUUAAAUGCUAAGGUACCCCUGUCUCCUAGCCUGAAGAGAAAUCAAGCUUCGAAAUCUCUUCUAGUUGUGACACAGAAAGAGGAGAAGAAAACAACCAUGACUUCCACAAACACCCAGAUCAUCUCUUAUCCUCCUUCUUCUUCUUCUUCUAAAUCAACCCAUCAAUUCACUUAUGAAGUCUUCUUGAGUUUCAGAGGAGAAGACACCCGCUAUGGUUUCACAGAUCAUCUUUAUGAGGCUUUGAUUUCCAGUGGAAUUCGCACCUUUAGAGAUGAUGAAGAACUGGCGAGAGGAGGAGUAAUUGCAUCUGAGCUGCUGGAAGCUAUUGAAGAAUCAAAGAUUUUUGUUAUCAUUUUUUCGGAAAACUAUGCUGCCUCUAGGUGGUGUCUAGAUGAACUCGUGAAGAUCAGUGAGUGUGGGGCAACGGAGGGGCGACGGAUUCUACCAAUUUUCUAUCAUGUGGAUCCAUCCCAUGUGCGGAAGCAAAGAGGGAGUUAUGAAAAGGCAUUUGUUGAUCACGAAAAGGAAGCAGAUGAGGAGAAAAGGGAGAAGAUUCAAAAGUGGAGAAGUGCCUUGGCAAAAGUUGGCAAUCUAGCUGGAUAUGAUCUACAAAAAUAUCAAUAUGAGACAAGACUUAUCAAGGAAAUCAGUGAUGUCAUCCUCAAAGAAUUGAACUCCAAGCUCUUACUACAUGUUAGCAAGAACAUAGUUGGAAUGGAUUUUCAUUUGGAAGAAUUGAAAUCAUUAAUAAAAAUUGAGUCAAAUGAUGUUCGCAUGAUUGGGAUUUAUGGGCUUGGUGGAAUUGGCAAGACCACAAUUGCCAAAGUUGUAUAUAAUAAUAUCUCACAUCAAUUUGAGAGUAGAAUCUUUCUUGAAAAUGUUAGAGAAAGAUCCAAAGACCAAUCAAGUCUACUUCAAUUACAGAAAGAACUUCUUAAUGGUGUUGUGAAGGGAAAAAAUCUAGAAAUAAGUAAUGUUCAUGAAGGGAUUGAUGUGAUAAGAAAGAGGUUUAACUCUAAAAAGGUUCUUCUUAUUCUUGAUGAUGUAGACAAUUUGAAGCAAUUAGAAUUCUUACCUGAAGGGCAUGGUUGGUUUGGUCCUAGAAGUAGAAUCAUCAUAACCUCUAGAGAUCAACAUUGUCUAAAUGUGCUUGGUGUCAAUGCAUCAUAUAAAGUUGAGGCACUAAGUUACAAGGAGUCUAUUCAACUUUUCUGUCAACAUGCCUUUAAACAAAACAUUCCUAAAAUUGACUAUGUAAACCUCUCAGAUCAUGUAGUAAAUUAUGUGAAAGGCCUACCAUUAGCUCUUGAAGUUUUGGGUUCCUUUCUUUUUAAUAAAAGUGUGCUUGAUUGGGAAAGUGCAUUACAAAAACUAAAGGAAAAUCCCAACAUAGAAGUCCAAAAUGUACUUAAGAUAAGCUUUGAUGGAUUGGACAAGAAAGAGCAAGAAACAUUCCUUGACAUUGCGUGCUUCUUCAAGGGAUGGAAUGAAAAUGAUGUAACAAGACUAGUAGAGCAUGGAAAGAUUGUAAUAAGAGUUCUUAGUGACAAGUGCCUCAUAACUCUUUUUGGUAAUACCAUAAGGAUGCAUGAUUUGGUAGAAGAAAUGGGUAGAGAAAUUGUUCGACAUGAACAUCCUAAAGAGCCUGGGGAAUGGAGCAGAUUGUGGGACCCCAAGGAUAUUUCCCUUGUAUUGAAAAAAGAAAUGGGAACGAAAGCAGUUGAAGCGAUAUUUCUAGACAUGUGUACAUCAAGAGAGAUCUCAUUUACUACUGAAGCUUUCAAAAGGAUGGAGAGACUUAGAUUAUUAAAAAUUUAUUGGAGUUGGGGUUUUCGUAAUUAUACGGGAAAACGGUGUCAAAAGCUCCUCCUUCCUGAAGACUUUCAAUUUCCUUCAGAUUAUUUAAGAUAUCUUCAUUGGGAAGGAUACUCUUUGAAAUCCUUGCCUUCAAAUUUUGAUGGAGAGAACCUCAUUGAACUCAACUUGCAGCAUAGCAAUAUAGAACACCUUUGGCAAGGGAAAAAGUAUCUUGAAGAGUUGAAGAUCUUGAAUUUAUCAAAAUCUCGGCAGCUGAAUGAAAUCCCACACUUCUCAAAUAUGUCAAAUCUGGAGCAACUAGAUGUUGAAGGUUGUAGAAGUUUGGAUAAUGUUGACUCAUCUAUUGGUUUCUUGAAGAAGCUUACUUUGUUGAAUUUGAGAGGGUGCCAAAAGAUUAGGAUCUUGCCAAGUACAAUUCAAAACUUGGUCUCUCUUAAAAGUCUUUAUAUAGAUGGUACUGCUAUUGAAGAAUUACCCUCCUCAAUCUGUCAUCUCACCUCACUUCAGUUGCUAUCUAUUCGUGAAUGCAAAAACUUAAGGAGUCUUCCGAGCAGCAUUUGUAGGUUGAAAUACCUUGAAAAACUUAAUCUCUCUGGUUGUUCAAACUUGAAGACUUUUCUGGAAAACAUGAAGGAUAUGGAAUGCUUAAAGUCGCUUGAUUUAAGUGGAACGUGUAUAAAAGAGCUUCCAUCAUCAAUUGAGUUUCUAAAACAUCUCGCUUAUUUGCGGUUAGUGAAGUGUGAAAACUUGAAGAGUCUUCCGAGCAGCAUUUGUAGGUUGAAACACCUUGAACAACUUAAUCUCUCUGAUUGUUCAAACUUGGAGACUUUUCCGGAAAUCAUGGAGGAUAUGGAAUGCUUAAAGUCGCUUGAUUUAAGUGGAACGUGUAUAAAAGAGCUUCCAUCAUCAAUUGAGUUUCUAAAACAUCUCGCUUAUUUGCAGUUAGUGAAGUGUGAAAACUUGAAGAGUCUUCCGAGCAGCAUUUGUAGGUUGAAACACCUUGAACAACUUAAUCUCUCUGGUUGUUCAAACUUGGAGACUUUUUCGGAAAUCAUGGAGGAUAUGAAAUGCUUAAAGUCACUUGAUUUAAGUGGAACGUGUAUAAAAGAGCUUCCAUCAUCAAUUGAGUUUCUAAAACAUCUCGCUUAUUUGCAGUUAGAGAAUUGUGAAAACUUGAAGAGUCUUCCGAGCAGCAUUUGUAGGUUGAAAUACCUUAAACAACUUAAUCUCUCUAAUUGUUCAAACUUGGAGACUUUUCCGGAAAUCAUGGAGGAUAUGGAAUGCUUAAAGUCACUUGAUUUAAGUGGAACGUGUAUAAAAGAGCUUCCAUCAUCAAUUGAGUUUCUAAAACAUCUCGCUUAUUUGCAGUUAGAGAAUUGUGAAAACUUGAAGAGUCUUCCGAGCAGCAUUUGUAGGUUGAAAUACCUUGAACAACUUAAUCUCCUUCAUUGUUCAAACUUGGAGACUUUUUUGGAAAUCAUGGAGGAUAUGGAAUGCUUAAAGUUGCUUGUUUUAAGUGGAACGUGUAUAAAAAAGCUUCCAUCAUCAAUUGAGUUUCUAAAACAUCUCGCUUAUUUGUUGUUAGUGAAGUGUGAAAACUUGAGGAGUCUUCCGAGCAGCAUUUGUAGGUUGAAAUACCUUGAAAAACUUAAUCUCUUUGGUUGUUCAAACUUGGAGACUUUUCCGGAAAUCAUGGAGGAUAUGGAAUGCUUAAAGUUGCUUGAUUUAAGUGGAACUUGUAUAAAAGAGCUUCCAUCAUCAAUUGAGUUUCUAAAACAUCUCGCUAAUUUGCAGUUAGUGGAGUGUGAAAACUUGAGGAGUCUUCCGAGCAGCAUUUGUAGGUUGAAAUACCUUGAAAAACUUAAUCUCUCUGGUUGUUCAAACUUGGAGACUUUUCCGAAAAUCAUGGAGGAUAUGGAAUGCUUAAAGUUGCUUGAUUUAAGUGGAACGUGUAUAAAAGAGCUUCCAUCAUCAAUUGAGUUUCUAAAACAUCUUGCUAAUUUGCAGUUAGUGAAGUGUGAAAACUUGAGGAGUCUUCCGAGCAGCAUUUGUAGGUUGAAAUACCUUGAAAAACUUAAUCUCUCUGGUUGUUCAAACUUGGAGACUUUUCCGGAAAUCAUGGAGGAUAUGGAAUGCUUAAAGUCGCUUGAUUUAAGUGGAACGUGUAUAAAAGAGCUUCCGUCAUCAAUUGGAUAUUUAAAUCAUCUUAUUUAUUUGCAUUUGAGCCACUGCAAAAACUUGAGGAGUCUUCCAGGCAGCAUUGGUUGGCUGAAAUUGCUUAGAAAACUCAAUCUCAAUGACUGUCCAAACCUAGUCACAGGGGACAUGGAAAAUUUAAUAAAUCUUGGUGUAUUAGAAACUCAGAAUAUGAUGGAUGGAGUAGCCUCAAGUGAUUUAUGGUGCUUAUCCUUGCUAGAAGUAUUAGAUCUAAGUCAAAACAAUAUGCGUCACAUACCUACUGCUAUUACUCAACUAUGUAAUCUAAGACGCCUUAAUAUCAGUCAUUGCAAGAUGCUUGAAGAAAUUCUAGAGGUUCCAUCUAGUCUAAGAGAAAUAAAUGCACAUGAUUGCCCGAUCUUUGGAACUCUAUCAAAUCCAUCUACUCUUCUUUGGUCUUUUCUCCUCAAAUGGUUCAAGACAGUUAAGCCUCCUUUGAAAUGGAGAAGUAUUAAUCUAGGAGGUAAUGGAAUUCCAAGGUGGGUACUGCAUCAGGAAAUGGGAAGCCAAAUAAGAAUAGAGCUUCCUAUGAAUUGGUAUGAAGAUAACCACUUCCUUGGAUUUGGAUUUUUCUGUCUUCAUCAUCAAUCAAAAGAAAUUUCUUUAUAUUUGAAAUUUGGAUUUGGAUUCUAUGUUGACGAUCUAAUAGAAAUUCUCGAGAUUAAUGAUAGUGAAUCAGAUCAAGUGUUGCUAGUGUACUAUCCUAAGAUUGCUAUUAGGGACGAGUUCCACUCCAAUCAAUAUAUGCACCUUGAGGCUUCAUCUGAUGAAUAUGGUUGGGCCAGAAUCAAAAGUUGUGGGGUUCAUCUUAUAUACUCUCAAGAUGAUCAAUAGAACCAUAUCUCGUCGGUAGAUUUUCUUGGCACCCAAGAUGGUGAAGACAACCUAUGUUGUUGAAUCUUCUUGAGAAUUUUGGUGACAACAUAUCAACAACAAAAGCUAUGAAGAGAAGCCGUGAUGACGCAGAAUAUAACCAAGCGGAGGAACCACACCAUAAAAGAUCGAGAGAACCCAAUACCCAUCUCAAGCUUUAAACUCAAACACCAACCAACAGGACUCCCCUGAGACGGAUUCUGUCAUUUCUCAAUC